GUAACAAAAGAAGUACGAGAUUUUAUCAGCAACUCUUUAGCGGAGAAUAAUAGAGCAUUACUGACACAAAUUUCUAAACUAGUGAGCGAUUCAGCCGAAAAUUUGAAAAGAGCUAACGCCGAAGCUGCAGACGAACAACUGAGACAAGUAAAGAAGUUAAGAAGAGAAGAACCGAAGUCAUUUAAACGCAAAGGGAACGAAAUUCAGUACAAGUUUAAGUCAAAACUGCAGGAUUCCCUGGAGGAAGCGAAGACACACCUUGAAACAAACGCUGUUGAGAAAGCAAAGGAGUCGUUAACAGAAGGUACGUUACUCCUCACAAAUAGACAAAAGUUAAUUCUAUUAGCAGAUAAAUCUGAAUUUGGUUGGAAAACAGUCGAGGAAUAUUCACAGCACGAGCUGGCAGAAGAUGAAGAUGAUGGAAAGGAGAUACGUCGCGCCGAAGAAAGAGCUGAGAAAGCUUUGAAGUCUGCUUCCACUAGAAAGACUGCUAAGCAAGUCUCCUCAGUUUUCCGCUCUUCGAGUUCACGUUUUGCUCCACCGAGCCAAAGAGCUUCCUCUGGGCUCAGUUCCUGGCGUGGCCAGCGUGAUCGUUUAAACUUGUUUAAUCGCUCCUUGGUUGAUCGCCCAUCAAGACCUGGAAAAAGUUUCGCUUGUGGCAGAUUUGGGCAUUGGAGGUCCGAAUGCAGUCAGAUUGCUCGUUCAGGGGCCGCCAGAGGUAAUCUUGAUUGUAGAUGACUGAAGAAUCAAUCCCUUGACGAACAAAGUAAGUGUGACAUUUCCGUUAUAAACCCUUUGUGUGAUUCGGAAAAUCUUUCCCGUCAAGGUAUCGUCCAGGAUUCUGAGAACCAUGAGGUUGAAUCGCCAGGUACUGGCGGCAGCUAUGACUCUGUUAUCCCACAGGUUUCUGUUAAAGGGAAGCUGUCUAAAUCCAUUGCGUUUUGGCAUUUCAUCGGAGCACCAGAUUUUAUCUUGAGUGUUAUCAGAGACGGUUAUAAGAUUCCAUUUAUUUCUACGCCGCCACCUCACCAUUGUAAGAACAAUUUAUCCGCCUUAGAAGAACGGGGUUUUGUUACUGAGGCUAUUUCGGAACUCUUACGUGACAAUCGCGUCGAGGAAAUAUUCUCUCCUCCGGAUAUCGUCAAUCCGUUGUCUGUUUCUGUUCAAGCUAAUGGUAAAAAGAGAUUGAUCUUGGAUUUAAGGCAUAUCAAUUUGCAUAUAUUUAAGCAGAAGUUUAAGUGUGAAGGCCUACAUACCAUCAAGAGUGCCUUAUCCAAAAUUUUUUUUUGUAUUCUCAUUUGA